AGGUGAGCGCAAUUAUCAAGCGCCUACAAGAUGAAUCUUUGAAUGGUCACUCUAAUUUGCAACCGUUUGCUUACAACAGUGUGUCCGGGAGGCGCUCUGGGCUACAGCGUUUUAUUAUUUUUUCUGCGGCUUUGGCCACUUUGAACAUGGAACAAGUUGCGUGGAUGUUUUUGUCUGUUUGCAUUUCUGCCUUUCCAUUCACACAAGUGUCCGCGGAAGCUGAUUUUAAUGUCGACAGAUGGGGUGGUCAAGUGCAUCAAAACUACCAAUUUGCGGAGCGGCACCUCCCGGGCAAUGUACCAGUACGUGAGGUGAUCAGGCCUCGGAUAGGGGAAGACGAUGCCAUCGGUGCCCCGCGGUCAGAACCACCAUACUACUUACUUCCCAUGUUCCAGCACUCGGCGGUUCCCGUCGUCGAUAGGGACUUGUUCAGACCAGUCGCCGGGAAAAUACGUUUUCCCAGUAUCUUGACCAACCUCUUACUCCCGCCACAAAAUAGUCCAGAGCUCAACCAAGUCUCUCCCGUGAGUAAUCCACGUGGAGUGGAGGUGUUGUGCGGGUACAACCAGAUCUCCGUUCGCGUCAACAGAGGUCAACUACGGUUUAGGUGUCUGGCCUCAAUGCUCUUCCUGGGCGCUUGCCCCGUCACCCGGGUCACCACACUUUUCUUUUACUUCCAUUAUAACCUGAAUGACUGUGGCAGUACUCAAACGACCAUGAAUGGCCAGCUGGUGUACUCCAGCUCACUUCGCUUUUCUCCAGAACCACAAGGGCCAGUGAUAAGAGCCAUACCUCUCAACCUCCCCAUUCAGUGCAUUUAUAACCGAUUCCACUACUCCUACAAAGUUGGCUAUGUCCCCGAGGUGCAUGACCGCACUCUCUUGAAGAGUAUGAAUGGCAAACACAUAUUUAGGCUCAUUGCAUGCAAUGCGCAAUGGGAACACUUGUUGUCAGAAGAGAGCUACAUGCUUGGGGAGCCAAUGUACUUCAAAGCCUACGCUGCUUUUGUCCCCAAAGAUGAGAAUGUGUUUGUUGAUUCCUGCUUUGUUACGCCAUCCAAGGACCCAAAUACCACACCCCGCCUCGAGGUCAUUCACAACUUUGGAUGUAUGGUGGACAGCAAGCGGAAAGGCAGUCAAUCCCAGUUCUUCUCCAGAGAGUCAAAUGUCCUGCUUUUCACUGUGGAUGCUUUCCUGUUCCCCCAAAUCACUGCUAAGCGUCUCUACCUGCACUGUACUAUGACUGUCAGGAAAUCCACUUCAAAGCGGAGCGCCAAAUCCUGCACGUACAAUAGAGCAGUGGGAAGGUGGGAGGAGCUGUAUGGCCCUCCCUCUGUGUGCUCCUGCUGUGAUUCUGUCUGUGAGGUGUCAGAGAUUUGGCCAGCCUUGAUGUCUCCUUCAGUGAAAAGCCUGAUCACCAGUGAACCCUGGAGAGUGUUGGAGGGCAGGGAGAAGAGUUUGCCCAUUCAGGCUGAGGAGAGACAGCCAGACAGUGAGGAAAGGGUGGAGGAGACCUUGGCAGUCACUUAUAGAGUGGAGGAGAAGGUGAAGUUUAAAAGCUUGGCAGUCACUCCUUGGGGGGAGGAGGAGAAAAACAUGUCAGUCGUUGUUAUGAAUAAGGUAGAGGUGGUGGAAGAGGGGGCGCAGGAAGGGACAGUUAUAGGCGUGAGAGAGGAGGGGGUGUUAGCCAGAAAAGAAGUGGCUGUGGAGGAGGUGAUUGAGGACAAACGGGCUGAGAAGGUGAUUGACGUGGAGGCUGUAGAGAAUGGCACAGACCAAGUGACAGAAAGUGUAACUUUGGAACAUGUACCUGAGGAGGUCAAGACUGGCAAUAUUUCGGAGGGAAAUACUGUGAUGGUUACGGAGGUAGCUCAGAGGAACAUGUUGAGUGUCGUCACCGCGAAUGCUGAGGUGUCAAAUAAAGUUAAGGAGCAGGUUGCUGGGGGAGAAGGGUCGAAGGUUAAGAUAGUGGGGGUUGGACAGAUGCCUUUGGAGGACGAAGCGGCAGUGUUUCUGCAGGGGUACGUGGAGCCUGCCGAGUGGAGAGAAGACUACCAAGGACCAGCCCUAGAGGAGGAGGAGCUGGGGAGGUUUUGGAAACCAUCCACAAAGGACAAGCUUGCUGUGCUGGAAACUUCUGUCCCUAUUGGAACAUUGACAUUAAAUUAACUUAAAUGAAAUAUUUCAUAAGAAGAAUUACACAAGUGUCCUUGUAUGAUUGAAUAUUAAAUUACACUUGAAUUGUUA